AUGGCCGCUCAUCACGCGAGUCGGGUUAAAAUCCCUCCUGCGAUUCUAGAAAACAAACUCUCGUUGGCCCGCCGGCUACCGGAACUUAGCGAGCCACAGUUGCGAGAAUGCCUUGAUCACACUAUCCGUGAUAAUUGUGAUAUCCGUCAUUUCUAUGAUGUUAUGCUUAAUGCUAUCAGCUCAAAUAAGGUGUACCUCGUGAAGGAGCUACUCCGAUAUAAAUUACCUAUAUCGCCAAUCUAUAUACUCGAAGCUAUCAACGCUAAGGCGAAAGAUAUCCUAGCAAGCUUCUUCGAUAACGGCUGGGAUAUUAACACCCUAAUGAGUGGAAUGGAACCUCCCAUUCUUACAUACGCUGAUUUAUUAACCGUUAGUCUUCUCUUAUACCGUAGUGGGGAUAUUAGAAUAGGCCAGCUUAUCUAUAAUGCGAUUCAUCGCAAGUCCGACACCCUUAAAGUGGUCGAAAUUCUUAUCAAUCGAGGUGCCCCUUUCAAUUCUCUUUUGUACCAGGACCAUCAGUAUUCUCAAAACAUGUUUCCUUUUAUGACCAAAACUCCUCUACACACCGUAGUAGCUCUCUCUUGA